AGACUGCCCUAAUUACUAUUUGACAGCCUCCUUUUCCUCCUCUUCGUUCUACGCCUCCGACCAAAACUCUCAUCCUCUUGGUUCUUCGAAUCCAACCAGAACUUGACGCCUCGUCCUCCUUCUUUUUCGCGUCACACUAGCUCCUCUGCUCUAAGACAGUGAACAAGAUCGAAGAUCGAGGCCGCCGUUUCGGAGAAACUUUGAGCUUCUGAGUCAUAGGUAAUUCACGAAUCUGUUCAGUACAUGUCUUUGAAGGAUUUGUGAGUUCUGAAAUCACCGAUCUGAGCUUUUGUUUCUUAAUUUGCUUCCAAGGAUUUGUGUUUCAUCUACCAAGACAUUCUUCAUUGAGCUGGGCAAGUUCGAAGCUUGGUGACCAUGUAACUGGAGCUUUCUGGGCAUUCUUUAUCUCUGAUACUUGGAACCUCUUGCAAUUGCUUUGGACAAGUAGAAAUGGUCACAACAAGCUUAAGGAAAGGUACCUGUUUCCAUUUUCAGCAUUAUCUUUGAUAGGCUUGUAGACAAUGGUAGGUCUUACCAAGAGGCUACAAAUCUACUCCUUUUGGAUUAUGCAGAUGAUGGAUUUCGAACUCUAGCAUUUGCUUAUUGAAAACUUGACGCUGUCGAGUAUGAAAAAUGGAACUCAAUAUUUACUGAGACUAAGACCACAAUCGGUCCUGAGAGAUAAGAAGUACUAAUAGAUGCAUCUGAAAUGAUUGAAAAGGAUUUAAUUCUAUUAGGGGUUGCUGCUGUUGAAGACAAGUUACAAAAAGGGGCUGCUAUCAUGAAAUUUCCACAGAAUAAGACAGUAUCUGUUUUUGAGACUGCCAUCCGGGUCCUCGGGGGUUUGCUAUCCACACAUCUUAUAGCAAGUGAUUAUGCUAUGGGCAUGAGAAUUCCAACAUAUGACAACCAGUUGCUGAACUUAGCUGAGGAUCUAGGCCGACGAUUGUUACCUGCAUUCGACACUCCUUUAGGUGUACUGUACUUACUAGAUUACCCCUUGUUGUUUGAUGUACACAAAAGUCUAUGCAAGAUCUUUCAGGCUGAACUCUCAUUAUUUAGCAUUCUUUAUCACUCGCAAAGUCGCAAUGUUUCAGAGGAUUGCUCCUAA